UUUAUUGGAUUUGGAUUAGGAUUAGGAUUAGGUGAAUCAGACAACGCCCGACGAUGUCAUCAGGCCCCCUAAGAGAGAGUGCGUCUUUUAAAACCCAUGGCUUACCACUCAGCACCCACAAGCAAAUAAACAACACUUUUUCUUCGUUUUAAAAACAAAAUAAUAACCGACUGAUUUAAACAUUGUUCGCUGUCAACGUCGAGCCCUGUUCAAUUGAAUCGUUGAAUCUCUCGUUUCCGUACUCUCUUUCUUUCUUUUCUUUCGUGCGAGUUAUUUUGCUUCAUGGAUGUUGCGGCGGUGGGGAGAUGUGCCGGAAGGUGCUAUGUUUCUCCGGCGUUCGGAGAGUCGCGGAAUCUGAGACUAUCGUCGUCUGAUUCCCGGAGAUUGGAGCACGCCGGUUUGAAGUUUGGCGGGAAAAGUCAACGGAGACUGAGCUUCUUCCGUCGGAUCAUGGCGACAGACGAGUCGAUUUCAGCGCGGCCAGGUGAAACGCAGCAAAUCAACGGAAACAUCGUCUGGCAUUCUUGUCCCAUCUCUAAAUGCGAUAGACAAGAACUGAUUAACCAAAAGGGUUGUGUGAUUUGGAUUACUGGCUUAAGUGGCUCAGGGAAAAGUAGUCUGGCGUGUGCUCUUAGCCGAGCUCUGUACAAUCGUGGAAAGCUCUCGUAUAUCCUUGAUGGUGACAAUGUUCGACAUGGUUUAAACAGCGAUCUUAGUUUCAAAGGAGAAGAUCGAGCUGAAAACAUUAGAAGAGUUGGUGAAGUGGCCAGAUUGUUUGCAGAUGCUGGAAUCAUCUGUAUUGCUAGUCUCAUCUCUCCUUACCGAAAGGAACGAGCUGCUUGUCGUGCAUUGCUACCACUAGGAGAUUUCAUCGAGGUGUUCAUGGAUGUGCCACUCCACGUCUGUGAGGCUAGAGACCCAAAGGGCUUGUACAAGCGUGCACGCGCUGGGGAAAUCAAAGGUUUCACAGGAAUAGAUGACCCUUAUGAACCACCUUUGGAUUGCGAGAUUGUGAUACAAAACAACAGAGACGAGAAUUCAUCUUCAUCUCUUUCAGAAAUGGCAGAGAUUGUUGUGUCCUACCUAGACCAGAAUGGAUACCUCAAGGCGUCGUAGAGAAUCACGCUCCACGAAGUCACAUCAUAAGGGAUAUGUACAAACAUCUCUUGUAAUAUUCUGAACAGCCUUAAUCUCAUGUAUAAUCAUUGUUUGAAUGCGAGAAUAAAACCAUAAUUGUAACAACCUUCCUUGACCUUUUGGACGUGACCAAAUACUCAAAAUUGAUUGAUGAA